GCCGUCGGCGGAUACCUUCGACUUGGGCGGAUUGGCGUUCCACCCGGCCGUGGCGACGGGCCGGCGCCUUAUGCCGUGCGCCACCACGCCGGCACCUAUCGACGAGGGCCGGCCCAAACCUCGGGCGACUAGAGGAAAGACGUCCAAGGACACAGACGCCAGGUGGAGCGACGGCAAGCGCCAAUACGCCCCAUGGCACUACCAGCUCGAGGCCAUGCUUCAGGACAGCCAGGGCGUCCUACACCUCCCCACGGCCGAGAUUAAGGAGCAGCUGCACGGCAUUCCCACCGGCUACACGGCCCAGGCGGACGACAGGACGCGCCACCGCAUGAUCGGGGAGGGCUGGCAUUGGGGCGUGGCCGGACGCAUCCUGGGCUUCGUCGUCCUGGCCGCCUGGGCGGCCCCACUGGCGGAGGCCCGCCUGGGCGGGCCGUCCGUGGGACUUCGCCCCCCCACCCCGGCCGUCCCCACCCACUGGGCCUCGGCGCCGCUCAUGCAGCACUCCCUCGCCAGACGCCCGGCGUUGGAGCCUGCCCUUUCAACCGUCAUUGACCUCCGACGGCGAUGCCGACAUGACACGACUUCGGACCGCCCUAGGCCCUUCCAGGGGCCCACCUUCCUGGGCCUGCUCCGCGACCUCGGCUACCCCGCCACCGCGGACCUUGAGGAGGACUUGCGCCUGGGCUUCGAUAUGCUGGGGCCCGUCCGCCGGGCACCAGGCUGGAAACCGCGGGCCGACGGGCGCUACUCUAACCCCUCAGGCCUGGAUCGCCUGCGGCAGGAGAAUCCGACCUACGUCGGGGCCAAAUGUUCCAGGGCGCGCGCCGGCGUCCACACGGCAGCCCUCCUGGAGGAGCUGGUGCAGGAGGCCCGCCUUGGCCGGGUCACCGGCCCUUGCGCCCCACUGGGCGACUGCUUCGCCGCCCUCUCCUUUGCCAUUUGCCAGGUCGACGAGAACGGGGACCUCAACCUACGCCGGGGCGAAGAUUGGCGUCGGUCAGGCCACAACGCCACCAUGAGCGCCGAGGACGUGCCCACCCACCACUUCCUGACUGACAUCGUCGACUUCAUCCUGGCCGCCUGGUGCGAGGGUUGGGGCCCGAAGGUCUUCGGCCAUGACCUUCAGAAGAACACGUCGUCCAGG